UUUUUCCCUCUGCAGUCUUCUGGGGUGCAUGCGUUUCGGUAAAAACCGGUGUUUUCUGCUAGCAAUUAUCGUCAAUUUCUUUACAGAGCUUUGCAUUGGCAUUGUUGAAUCUAGGAUUAGAGGGGGUUUCUUUCUCUUUGAAGUUCGGUAAUCGAAGAUUUCAGCUUUCAGAACCAAAAAUUGAGUGCGCGGUUCAAGGAAUUAUGGAGAUGCAGGUAAAAAUGGAGUAGUUUAGAAAUUGGGUAGUUCUUCUUUUUGAAAAUUAUUGGUCUUUUACACCCUUUUCUUAGGUAAUUGGUUAUUUUCUUUGCAUCUGUUGGAUGUUGUUUACUUGGGAGGAAUUGGUUCAAAUUGAACUUCUCAUUGAACGCCCAUGUUGUAGAAGAUAUUGAGAGGACCAAGGAUGUAAAGUUUAGUGUUUUUAACCUUUAUAAAUGCCAAAGUACUUCUCUUUUCAAUUUAAGAAGAUUGUGGUCUUGCUUGAAGAAUAAUGGAGGAAAAAAGUAGUUACUCCUUAAUUACUUCUGUGGUUCGGAGAAAUAUUGUAGAUAAAGAUAUUAAGAAUUGUUGUGCCUGAUUUAGAAGAUACAAAGAUUCUGCAGAAAAAGCAUGAGUAGCAGUUUCAUAUAAAGAGAAAGGAAGUGAACUCCUCUCCCCUCUUGUUUUCUGCUCUUUUUCCCUCGGCUUCUUGGUGCAAGCAUACCAUACCUUGGCUGAAAAACUUUGUUUGACUUCCUCCUUCCAUACUAUAUAGAUCCACCUUGCUUUCUCGCAAUAGUCCCUGCUAUUUCUAUAUCUUUUAAAUUCUCUACUCCAGAUUUGGUUCCAGACAUGAAAAAUGGACCCUUCAAUACCCCAAAACCUGGAUGAGUACUCAGCGUCAGCAACAACCAUCACGUUUAACAGCCCAAUCCCUCUACUCAGGGGGCCCAUUCCUGCUGGUCCACGUGAUGAUCCAUCAUCUGGUUCUUAUCUCCUUGCCUUUAAAGAUCCCCAGUCCUGGGCCACUGCAUUCUCUUCUUGCAAGGCUAAAAUCUUAGCUCAGUGUGAGGAAGGUGCCAGGAUUGGGUGUGCCAUUAGUGCAUCAAAGAAGUGCAAGCCCCCUUGGUGGCACAAUUUGAUUGGCUGGAAACCAAUGGACUUGAAGGAAAGAGAGAGGUGCGAGGAUCGUGAACUGGAGGGUUGUUUGGUUGCUGCAGAGGAGAAGUGCAUUGGUUUUGCUAAGGAGAGGUGUAUGAGGCCAUUUUUGGAUGCAAGAAUUGCCAUGGGGGAGAGAGAGAUUAGAAAGAAGGUGGUUAGGAAGUUGGUCUGUCUUGCAUCAAUGCCGGGAGAGAGUACAUGGCGUGAUGUGAUUGGAUUGGAUCAGUUAGGUAAAUGUGAGCUUGGAAUAACAAAUUAUACGGGUAGUGAGUUGCUCAGCUCUAGUUCCCAAUUUGAGUGUCUUUUCAAAUAAAAAGCCGACAGAGGAGUAAAACACAUAUGCUCAAGUCGAUAAGGCAUUUUUAACUGAAAAUUGGAGAAGUUGAGGAUACACUCUUGAGGAGCAAGUGGCUGAUGAUGUCAACUUUCUCAGCAUGUCUCUCUUUACCCCAAAACUUUCAGCAGAUUGAGAUCCAGCACGAAGCAACACCAAAGAGAAACAAGAAGCGGCAUGAAGGAUAGGAAUUGAGCAAAGCAAAACCAAAAGUCAAUCUUGCAUGACACCAUGAUCGCAAAAAUAGCCCAACUAGUACAGCAAUUUAUUCAUGUACGACUUUCCAGUCAUUAUUGACGAUGUUUUUUGCAUCCUUCUAGGCGUCUUCUCUAUGCGUGGACAAAAACCCAACCAACUCUUGACGCGUUUUCUAAAAACCAUAUUUCAAACAUGUUGCCCCUGCUGAGCACCAAGCCGCCAACUAGCUUAAUAUUUCUCCAU